AUUUAUUUUUUAUCUAUUUUAGCGGUUAGAACACCUAAAAGUGUUUGUGAUGAUAUAUUCUAAGAGAAAAAAAUUGUACUAUGGUGUCAAUUUCAUGAUCUUUCGAAAAAUAGCACUUCCUAAGCCACGGAAAAGUUGCUGGAAACGAUUGUCAGCGACAUGGUGAAUGAGACAGAUCAGCUCCUUUUAUACCAUGCUGAAAAGCUAUUUACAUCGAUUUUACCCGUGGCAAGCGUUGAAACUGCUUUCAAAAUCAACCCGAAAUCCGCACCCGUGUAUACCCGAACCUCAGCAGUUGGCUGAAAAUGCAGUCAAGCAAGUCGAAUCCAUCUUGACCGCCGUUUAUCAUUCUCAUGCGGUCAAAGAAGACCCGAAUAUCUGUCUAAAAAAAAGCCUCGGUCAUCAACUGCAGAUAUCUCCUUCGUCGAUUCAAGGAGCAGGUAUGGGCGUUUUUCUAAAAGGGUCUUGCAAGAAAGGAUCGAUUGUCUGUUUCUAUCCAGGGACGAUAUAUUUGCCAUCCGAACCUUUGCUUUUUGCAAGUAUCGCCAACCGAUAUAUACUCAAAUGUUACGAUGGCGUCUUUGUGGAUGCCAAACCGACAGGCUUAUCCGGACGUAUCCACAAGUCUAUUUAUCAUCGAGAGAAUUGGCCAGGUGCUAUUCAGAUCAGUGAUGCUACAUGGAUGACCAAAACGCCCAGGAACCCGUUAGCUGUGGGUCACAUCGUCAACAACGGAACAACCGAAUACCAACCUAAUGUGUUCUAUCAUGAAAUCGACAUACCCCCUGUGUUUCCUCGCGAUCUUCGUCAAUAUAUACCCAACAUAUACUGGAGUUCUAUCGACCCUUUGACCACAACCACGAGGAUGGUCGGCCUUAUCGCAACCCGCGACAUCCACAAUGAAGAGCUAUUUUCCGUCUACAUGGACACCGUGUAAAUCAGGAAUGGAUGGGGUUAGUUGCAUGCGAGCAAUUGCUUUGACAAUCCACAGUUUUUUGGCAUGUAAGUUUUUGCAUAAAUAUGUAUCUAUACAUCCGAACUAUCCGCAGAACAACCCAUCGCAGCAGUGUGCACUACAUAGAACAUGUUAAUUCGGUGCUCUUGGCAUGUUACUUCAUGUGUAGCUGUUGCAAAAUAUGCAGUCAUAGCGUUGAUUAUGUAUUUAACUUUAUUCCUCAAAAGGCUCAUAAGAAAGAAU